AUGUCCGAACUGCGGCUGUUCUCGAAAUGCAAAGCGUAUGAGAUUCGAGCGGAAUUGCAGCAAACCAACAUAAAGAAGCAUCGAGCCUCGGCAACGAAGCGAAAAGAUGCUCUAAGGAAGAUCAUAGCCAACCUUUCCAUGGGUAACUUCGGCGAAAUGGCCUUGCUUUUCCCUGAUGUCCUCCGCUUCUGGCAGGUCGAAGACGAUUUAGAAGUCAAGCGUAUUUGCCACCACUACUUAGUUGCGAUGGCUCCGACGAAGUCCGGGCACUUUGCAACAGCGUUGUCUAUGGUUUUGGAAGAUUUCAAUUCCGGCACCGAAGCAGUGCAGAUCCUUGCCUUGCGUACGCUGUCUUCGGUGCCCCUUCCCGCCUAUCUCGAAGAGGCCUCCAAAUGCGCGAGUGCCGUAUUGCAUCAACACUCAGAGCCUGAGGCCUUAAAGAAGGCAGCACUCUACGCAUUGUUAAGGCUCGCGCAACUGGAUUCUGAGCGCUCACAAUUGCUCAUGGGCAUUGUAGGCAAGGUGCUUCAAAGCGCAAAGGAAAAGCCUUCAGUGCGGGCUCACGCUUUGUUCGUGCUCUAUCAAGAGGAGGAGAGCAGCAGUGAGACAAGAACUAUGGGCCUUGGUCGCGACUUGUGCCUCUCUAUGCUGGAGUUGCUACCGAGGCUCAACGAAUGGGAUAAUGGGCGGGUUUUGGACGCUCUCACAGCCAACUACGUGCCGCAAACUCACGAUGACGCGCAUUUUAUGAUAGACAAAGCGCUACCUCAGCUUCAGCAUGCUAACACGUCUGUGGUUUUGAAUGCUCUUAAGCUUAUCGUCUUUUUAACGAACUACGUUGACCGCUUGAGUGAAAGCAUUGUGAAGCAACUUUCCAGUUCUGUUAUAAGUCUUUUGAAUAAACCACCGGAGUUGCAGUUUUUAGUGCUCCGUAAUGUCAUUCUGUUGUUACUUGGUAGAGAGAAACCUUUGCUAAAAGUUGACGUUCCAUACUUUUUUGUUGAGUUCAAUGACCCUAUCUACAUCAAAGACACCAAGCUCGAGAUUCUGUACCUGCUUGCCAAGGAAGAUAACUUGGCUCAGAUUUUUCAAGAACUUAAGGAAUAUGCGACUGAUAUUGAUAUUCAGAUGUCUCGCAAAGCCAUCCGUGCCGUUGGAAACCUGGCUGUAAAGCUCAAAAACUCCGUCGACGAGUGCAUCAAUCUCUUACUGGAUCUCCUCGACUUUGAAGUUGAGUAUAUUGUGCAAGAAAUUAUCUCUGUGUUCAAAAACGUCUUAAGAAGAUACCCCGAAAAGUCAAAGCUUUGUUUAUAUAAGCUUGUGCGUUUUACAGACUCCGUCCAGGAGCCGGAAUCACGUAGCUCAAUGAUUUGGAUCAUCACCCAGUACUCGUCUCAACUUCCAAACUAUUUUGAAUUAUUUGAAGGAUUCAGCAACAACUUUCUUGAGGAAUCACUGGAGGUUCAGUUUACAAUACUAAGUUCAACAGUUAAACUUUUCACCAGGCAUCCUACGCCAGCGACGGAGAAGCUGUGCAUCAACAUUUUGAAAUCAUCAACUGAAAAGUUAGAUAAUCCUGAUUUAAGAGACCGUGCGUUCAUGUAUUGGAGAUUAUUGUCCUGUACACAAAAGUCUGGAGGAAAUAUUCUAACCAUGGACGCGGUUAGAGAGGUGGUUGACGGGAACUUACCUCUAAUCACUCUUAACUCCCGUUUGGAUCCACAUGUUAUUGAAGAAUUAGAGCUCAGCAUUGGCACUAUUGUUUCCAUCUACCUAAAGCCCGUCAACCAAGUUUUCAGGCUAAAUAAGCCAAGGGUUCUGCCGAAAAGCCCCGCCCUAAACUCAGAUAAAGACAACCUGGAAAUUAUAGCUGAUGACACUCGGAGUCACUCUUCGAGCUUUACCGAUGAUAGCUCGUUGGCAUCUCGCAGGCAGUCCUCUUCUCCUGUCAAAAAAAUGGAUGAUUAUGACAGGCCAGCAGAGGUCGUGAACCAGCUGAAGCUGAAAAGAAAAACCAGUAGCGCCACUUCUCUUUUGUCCAGAAAACCAUCCGUACUUGGAAGAAAGCUAUCUAUGAAAAGACCAUUUGGUUGA